AUGCCUCGUAGCAGUUUUUCAGGGUCACUGUCUUCUCCCAAGUUGGAUGUGGUUAUAGACAUGGGCAAUCCAUUCCUUAACCUCACUGUUGAUGGUUUCUUGAAGAUUGGAGCUGUUGCAGCUACAAGAUCAGUUGCAGAAGACACCUUUCAUAUAAUUCGAAAGGGAAGUAUCUCAAGUAAUGAUUUUGAGAAAUCUCUGAAGAAGAUGUGUAAAGAAGGUGCAUACUGGGGAACUAUAGCCGGCGUAUAUGUUGGAAUGGAAUAUGGUGUAGAGAGGAUCCGUGGCACGAGGGACUGGAAGAAUGCUAUGUUCGGAGGUGCAGUGACAGGGGCUCUGGUAUCUGCAGCAAGCAACAACAAAAAAGACAAGAUUGCAGUAGAUGCCAUUACAGGGGCUGCAAUUGCGACAGCUGCAGAAUUCAUAAAUUACCUUACCUGA